UUUUUUUCCUUUCUUUUUUCUUCUUCCUCUAUUCAUAAAACAAUAUGGCUGGUAUCACUGUCAAGGACGUUAAUCCUCAUGGUAAGUUCAUUCUAUUCCCAUUAACUAUUUUUCUUUUUUUGUUAGAACUGAAUGAUUUGGGAAAAAGUGGGAUACAGGCAGAGGCUUUCAUCAAAGCUUAUGCUGCUUACCUCAAGCGUACUGGUAAGCUCGAAGUUCCCAAGUGGGUUGAUAUUGUCAAGACUGGUACUUACAAGGAAUUGGCUCCUUACGAUCCUGACUGGUACUUUGUCCGUGCUGCUUCCGUUGCUCGUCAUAUUUACAUUCGUAAGGCUGUUGGCGUUGGUGCUUUGAACAAGGUUCAUGGUGGUCGUGUCAACCGUGGUAUGCGUCCUUCUCACCAUGCCGAUGCUUCUGGAUCUGUCAACCGCAAGGUGCUUCAAUCUUUGGAAAAGAUCGGUGUAUUGCAAAAGGACAAGAAGGGUGGUCGUAAGAUUACUCAAGAUGGUAAACGUGAUUUGGAUCGUAUUGCUAUGACUUUGGCUGCUGAUGACGAAGAAUAGAUAGUUUAGUUUUAUUUUUCGUUCUUCUUUUUUUUUACAUAUAUCAUAUUAUUUUGAUCUACAUUACAUCAUCUUGUCACAAAUAAAAUAAAAUAAA